GCCCGGUUGGCUGCAACCCUAUUCAUGAGAGGCUUUAGAUGGAAAACCGCUUUUUCAGCUUUCGCACCAAUCAAACAUCAGAGUUUGGAGUGGUUAGUUCGCGGGGUCUGUAACAGUAAUUUUUUUAGUCUAUUGUACUCCUUCAACAUAUCUGUCAUCUUUAGGUAACGACAUGCAUUGUUCGUUGGCCACCUAAGUUGUAUUUCUGUUCCAUUUAAAAACUGCAGAAUUAAGUAAAUAUUGUAAUUUUUUGAAUUUUGUGUUUUCAACCACCGGCUCAAGAUGGCGGAUUCGGCAAGCAUGCUGGAUGUCCAAGCAAAUCCAGAGUUAAAAUAUCUGAUUGUGGAUAGGAAUUUUGUCAAUGACCCAUCGAAACAGGCAGAGUGGACAUCGAAAAAAUUGAUAUGGGUACCCCACGAAUCUCAAGGAUUUGUUGCGGCGAGUAUUGCGGCCGAAAAAAAGGACGAGCUGGAAGUUGAGGUAGCUGAAACUGGGAAAAGAAUGUUAGUGAAUAAAGAUGAUGUUCAAAAAAUGAAUCCACCAAGAUUUAAUAAAGUUGAAGAUAUGGCUGAAUUGACCUGUCUGAAUGAGGCAUCAGUUUUGUACAACUUGAAGGACCGAUACUAUUCUGGACUCAUAUAU